AUCGUCAUAACCAAACUUUUGUUAAUGAUUUGAGAAUGAUGGUAUCUGCAGAUGAGACUGGAUUUUACCCUGUGGCUUUUAAUUCACGACGUGCCCGUAAGCCACUACCUACUCAUAUAACAAAUAAUUCUAAUUGGAACUCAUGGGAAAUCUUUGGAACAAAUGUAUCCGUUAAGUUAGAUGCUAGAUGGGUAAUAGACUAUGAGAGAAUAAUUACAACAGACCAGAAAGAGUUUGAUAUCGCUGGAUUGGGUAUUGAUGAAUUAAUUGACGCAUAUGUGCAAACUGUGUUAAGUAUUAUUGCUAUAGAUAAAAUGUGUCAAAAACUUUUGGUUAAUAAUGAAUUCAAUUUUGAAUUAUAUCACACGUUGAAUCCUGAUAAUGUCUUAUUAA